GCAACCUAAACAGGAGGAAGAUCUCUUCCGUCCCUGCCCUCGACUUGGAAGUGCAGCUGCUUCCUCUCUAUCUACCAAGACGUGAAGUAGAGAGAGAGAAAGAGAGAGCCAGGAGAGAGAAAGAGAGGAAGGCGAUGACGACUCGAAUAGCUCCGGGCGUCGGAGCGAACCUGCUUGGACAACACUCGGCGGAGAGGAAUCAAGACGCCACCGCCUACGUCGGCAAUCUCGAUCCUCAGAUAACUGAGGAGUUACUGUGGGAAUUGUUCGUUCAAGCAGGCCCUGUCGUUAAUGUGUACGUUCCCAAAGAUAGAGUGACCAAUCUUCAUCAAGGAUAUGGUUUUGUCGAAUUCCGAAGUGAAGAAGAUGCUGAUUAUGCAAUAAAAGUUCUGAAUAUGAUAAAGCUCUAUGGCAAGCCAAUAAGAGUGAAUAAGGCAUCCCAAGAUAAAAAGAGCUUGGAUGUUGGAGCGAACCUUUUCAUUGGAAACCUUGACCCUGAUGUGGAUGAGAAACUUCUCUAUGAUACAUUCAGUGCGUUUGGAGUUAUUGUUACAAAUCCCAAGAUAAUGAGAGAUCCUGAUACCGGGAACUCCCGUGGUUUUGGUUUCAUUAGUUAUGAUUCUUUCGAGUCAUCUGAUGGAGCUAUAGAGGCAAUGACUGGCCAAUAUCUUUGCAAUCGUCAGAUAACAGUAUCCUAUGCAUACAAAAAGGAUACAAAGGGGGAGCGCCAUGGUACUCCGGCAGAAAGAGUCUUGGCUUCCAACAAUCCUACUACCCAGAAGAGCAGACCCCACACAUUGUUUGCGAGUGGACCUCCUUCACUUUCAAAUGCUCCGCAGGCUAAUGGUACCAUGGGCGCUCCAAUACCUCCACCGCAUUUUGCAAAUGGAACUGUUCCUCCUGGGUCUAUUCCGCCAUUCCGCCCUCCACCUUCACAAGGCAGCAUGUUCCCUCCCAUGCAAAUGCCUGGACCACCAUCUUGGCAGGGUCAGCCGCAACAACCAGGUCAAACAGUCCCACCAUCCGGUAUGCCACCGCCACAGCUUCAACAGUUCAGGCCACCUCCACCAAACAUGCCACCACCACCUCAAGUAGGUCAAGUUUUUCCAAGGCCUCCCCCGCCACCAACUGGGAUGGGUAUGCCACAACCUGUUUGGCGACCACCACCACCUCCACAACAGCUGGCUGGGAGGCCGUAUUCUAUGCCACAGAUGUCAAUGCCGCCGCCUCCCCCACUUAAUGCUCCCCCACCACCUCCUCCUGCGUCAAGUUAAAGAUUUAAAAAACCAUUCCAGUUGUACUUUAAAAUAUUUUUGGAUGCUAAUUAGUAUUAUUCAGAUUGUAAAUCAUACGUCACCUGAGUCUCUGAUUAAUGAGCGUUGGAAGAAGAGUUGAGAUUUUGGAAAUUGCUAACUUUUCUUCGAAUGAGCUGGAGGGUUUUGUGGCAGGAAAUCGAGCUCAAUGUGUUACUAAUUUCUCAUGAACUAGUGCUGGUGGUUCUAUAUUUUCGUAGGUAAGACAUUAUAUUCUUCUAUGUA